AAAUGUGGGCGUGUCCCUGGAUCACUUCUCUAUAAAGAAGCUUGAGCGGGAGCUGCUAGGCCGGCUUCUCACACGGACCUACUGACCUAGUCUCCUUCGGCUCUGCGCCAGGCAGCAGUACCCGACCCAUCAUGGCACCAAGGAAAUUCUUCGUGGGGGGGAAUUGGAAGAUGAACGGGGAUAAGAAGAGCCUAGGCGAGCUGAUCCACACCCUAAACAGCGGCAAGAUCCCGGCGGACACUGAUGUUGUUUGCGGCGCCCCCACCAUUUACCUUGAUUUCGCCCGUCAGAAGCUCGAUGCAAAGAUUGGGGUUGCAGCACAAAACUGUUACAAGGUGUCAAAGGGAGCUUUCACGGGAGAGAUCAGCCCUGCAAUGAUAAAGGACAUCGGUGCCACCUGGGUGAUCCUGGGCCACUCGGAGCGAAGACAUGUUUUUGGGGAGUCUGAUGAGCUGAUUGGGCAGAAGGUGGCCCAUGCCCUGGCUGAGGGUCUCAGUGUCAUUGCCUGCAUUGGGGAGAAGCUGGAUGAGAGAGAAGCUGGCAUCACAGAGAAGGUGGUUUUUGAACAGACCAAAGUGAUUGCUGAUAAUGUGAAGGAUUGGAGCAAGGUGGUGCUUGCCUAUGAGCCAGUUUGGGCUAUUGGAACUGGCAAAACGGCAACUCCCCAGCAGGCUCAGGAGGUUCAUGAGAAGUUGAGGGGGUGGCUAAAAAAUCAUGUGUCCGAAGCUGUCGCUCAAUCCACUCGCAUCAUCUAUGGAGGUUCAGUCACUGGUGGCACCUGCAAGGAACUGGCCUCCCAGCAUGAUGUAGAUGGCUUCCUGGUGGGCGGAGCCUCCCUCAAGCCUGAAUUCCUGGACAUCAUCAAUGCAAAACACUGAACCUACCCCUAUAGCCCAAAAGGGGGAGCCAUCAUGGAGGGGAAGGAAGCUCACCCCUACGAUCCCCUCACUGUAAUGGCCUCACCCAUGACUCCUCUGCCCCAUUCACUGUAAUCGGUCCUGCUGCUGCUAACCGCUGUCACCCUGCUGGAUUCUGAUUGGCAGGGAGCCUUUUCCAGAGGCGGGGUUUUACUGGUCUCCACCUCGUGCCUGCCCCCCUCUCCUAAGUGGGCAAAAGUAACUGUUGGCUGGUGGAUGGUCUGGCUGGCUGUGCCCAUGUGCCUGGUAGACCAAUCAAAGUCCAGGGCCUGUCUGUCGCUCCUCCUGGGGUACUGCAGUGAGGCGGGCUCCUGGGCUGGGGAGAGGAGGAAAGGCUGCCUCUUGCACCAGGCAUCCUGGGGGGUGAGCAGCUGGGAGGGAGUGCCUGGCAGCUGGCAUCCCUGUGAAACGUCGUAGCUUUCCCAUGUCCCCUAACCCGCCGUCACUAUUCAAAAUAAACAUGUGGCACCGGA